AUGUUGAAGAGCACAGUCAAGCUUUCAAGAACCUCUUUGAGAAAAAACUUAACAACCACUCGGUGUUUACGUCAACAAAAUUCAGAUAUCGAUAAAAUUAUACUAAAUCCAAUCAAACUGGCUCAAGGGAACAAGAACAAUCAUGACCAAGCCUCUAAACUCAAAAGUGAUAACACAGAUAUAUUAUCAAUGGAAAUUCCGGUAGAUAUGAUGCAAUCUGCAGGGAGAAUUAACAGGAGGGAGCUUCUAUCUGAGGCAGAGAUAGCUAGAAGUAGUGUGGAGAAUGCUCAAAUGAGAUUCAAUUCAGGGAAAUCCAUAAUCAUGAACAAGAACAACCCUGCCGAAUCGUUCAAAAGGUUAAACAGAAUUAUGUUCGAAAAUAAUAUUCCUGGAGAUAAGAGAAGUCAGCGAUUUUACAUGAAGCCAGGUAAGGUGGCUGAGAUGAAGAGAUCCCAAAGGCAUAGAAAAGAAUUCAUGAUGGGGUUCAAAAGAUUAAUUGAAAUUGUUAAAGAUGCCAAGAGGAAAGGGUACUAG